GGAACAGUAAGACUGAUAAGUCACGACUACUACAUUGUAGUGGUACCUCCACUGUGUGUUCGUGGACUCACUUCUCAUACGAUUUUACAAAUAUCUAGUUGGGGGUCAAGGCCUCGGCAGCAAAAAAUCCAAAGACGCGAACAGCCUUCUCGGGGGAGCAAGAGUAUAAAAAAAAGGAAGGAUCCUUUUUACCGCUUCUUCCUUCAAGCGUUAGAAUGGCAGCCAGACCCUCAGCGACCCUUGAAUUGCGCAAUGGGGGACAGCAUGGCCCGGACUCGCAAUUCGCACACUGCAGUCCCCAGCCACCGGUCGCGGUAAAUGCAUGUGUGCACGAGUUAAUCGACAAGCGUUGCGAUCAGAGCCCCGAGGCGCCUGCAGUGUGUGCCUGCGACGGCAAUUUUACUUAUCGGGAGCUGCAAAGACAUGCCACAGCGCUGGGCCGACUGCUCUUGACUAGGGGCGUUGGCCCAGAAGUCAUCGUCCCGUUAUGCUUCCACAAAUCCCGCUGGACCCUUGUUGCGGUCCUAGGCGUACUACAUGCGGGAGGUGCUUUUGUCUUGCUAGAUCCAUCGCAUCCUAUGCAACGCCUGGAACUUAUUUGUCAAACGGUCAAUGCCGAGCUUAUUCUCGCGUCGCCUGAAACUGCGUCACGGGCCAAAGAUCUUGCUACGGAAGUGGUUGUUGUACACGAAGGGCUCGAAACGGAGAACGAGGCGAUGAGCGAUGGAAGGAUUGCUAGCGGUGUGACCCCAACCAAUGCAGCUUAUGCAAUGUUCACUUCAGGAACCACUGGGAAACCAAAAGGUGUGGUUAUCGAGCAUCGAUCUAUAUCAACAUCCUGCGUCGCCCAUGGAGCGGCCACUACCCUUACACAGACAUCACGGGUGCUACAAUUCGCCUCCUACGCCUUUGAUGCCUGUCUGUUAGAGGUUUUGACUCCCCUUGUGCAUGGCGCCUGUGUCUGCAUCCUAUCUGAGGAAGAGCGGCGAGGAGACCUGGUCGGCGCUCUGCGCCGUUACGGAGUCAACACGGCUUUUUUAACGCCAUCAGUCGCUCGUUCCCUAGAUCCCAUAGACCUUCCGAUGUUGAAAACCGUCAUUUUCACCGGAGAAGCAAUGAACCAGAACGAUAUUGACCGAUGGACGCCGCAAGUGGACUCAAUUAAUGCGUACGGACCGGCCGAAUGUGCCAUCCUGUCUUGCAUAACCAAUAUCAGGAGGCCAACGGAUAUCCCCACCGUGAUCGGCCGUGCGGUCGGAGGCAGCUGUUGGGUCGUUGAUGAAAAUAAUGUUGAAGUCCUCCGCCCUGUUGGGGAGAUCGGGGAACUGCUGAUCGAGGGGCCUAUCGUCGGCCGAGGGUAUAUCGGGAACCGCCAAAGCACGGCAGCUGCGUUCGUCAGUCGACCCCAAUGGCUGAAGGAGUUAUGGCCAGAAGUCACGGGACACGUAUAUAGAACGGGUGAUCUCGCUCGCUGCCACAACGAUGGGUUGAUAGAAUGCUUGGGUCGUAAGGACUCCCAGCUGAAGCUCAACGGUCAACGCAUGGAGGCGGCUGAGAUCGAACAUCAUCUCCAACAGCAUCUACCAACGGGAAAUCUCGCAGUAGAUAUUAUUCAACCAAAGGAUGACCCAGACUCUCAUCUACUGGCCGCGUUUGUAGCGGUAGAGCGAAUGGGUGGAAUGGGUACAGAGGUCCACCUGACUGGGGCGAGCGACGAGUUUCGCGAGCUCACCCGCACGGUGCAAGGCAAGCUGCAUGAGAAGCUCCCACGAUAUAUGGUUCCAUCUAUCUUUUUGCCCGUGUCCCAGAUGCCUCUGAGUAUCAAUGGUAAAUUGAACCGCGGUUUCCUUCGCCAGCUAGGUAAUUCUAAAACACGCCAAGAGCUACAGCAGUCGAAGCUGGAGGCACCUGUCAAGAGAUCGACGCGCAAUCCUGCUGAAAAGAUCAUCCAGUGCCUGUGGGCUGAUGUUCUUCAAAUCCCAGCCAAUGAGAUUGGAAUUGAUGAUAACUUCUGGGAGCUGGGCGGAAGCUCGAUCCGCGCCAUGAGACUGGCUGCACUGGUGCUACGAAAGGGCUUCAAACUGACGGUGCAUGAUAUCUGGACAUCUGCAAGCUUGAAAGAAAUGGCGGCAAGCCUGCGCGGACACUCGCCAUUAGCUGGAGAUUGUUCCUCGUUCGCGCUUUGUGGGAAUGCGAGCCAACGAGAAGAGCUGAUGGAGACGCUCGUACGGUAUGAUAUUCAGCGAUCAGAGGUCGAAGAUGUCUACCCAUGUACGCAACUACAGCAGGGUCUCUUUUCCCAAACGGCAAAGCGGUUCGGCGCAUAUACACUAAUCCACAGAUUUACAUUGAUGAUGAACGUUGAUCUUGAGCGGUUCAGGCACGCCUGGGAGAAGACAAUCGAAGCCAAUCCAAUCCUGCGGACACGUAUUAUUCCCAGCAAGACCAGUGGGUUUUGGCAAGCUGUGAUCCAGGGGCAAAUUCCAUGGGAGACCAGGGAGAUAGAUGAUAAGAUUCCCGAACAGUGGAGAGACUGGAAAAUGGGGGAACGACUUGUGCGAUUGGCAUUGAGUCAUUCAAACUCCCCACACUGUCCAGUCUUCUUUACACUGGUUAUUCACCAUGCUCUGAUUGAAGAUUGGGCGCUGCAUCUAAUCCUGCAGCAGGCCAACGCGGCAUACAACGGACAAACAUUGGAACGAAGACCCUUCAGUCACUUUGUGCAAUUUUUGGAUUCUCAGUCUCAGGCAGAGCUGGAAAACCACUGGAGACGACGUUUAACAGAUCCGAACGCAACGGCCUUUCCAAAACUCCCGUCGCCACGAUACAUUCCUGUGCCGACGGCUUCAACGACGUUCAACAUCCAUCUGCCCUUGCAACGUUUUGGGCGCCAAUCGAACGUGCCCAGCAAGGUUAUGCUAGCGUGGGGUCUGCUAGUUGCACAUUAUACCGGCAAUUGGGACGUGGUUUUUGGGCUAACGGUCGCUGGCCGCGGUGCAAGCAUCCAGGGAAUUGAGAGCAUGACCGGCCCCACCAUUGCGACUAUUCCUAUGCGGUUGCUUCUCAACCCCAGGGCAACGGUCGCGGAUUCUCUGAGAAGGAUACAGACACAAUCUGCCGAGGACAUGCCUUUUGAACAAAUUGGUCUCCAACGUACGAGCCAGCUAGACCCCAAAUAUACCAUCUACAACGAAUUUCAAAGUCACCUCGUCAUUCAGCCAGACGAAAGUGAAUACACUCUGCCGCCCUUAUUCUCAGGGCACCUCGAGGAGACGAAACUGUCAGAUGUGAGCUCCUACGCAAUCAACAUGUCGAUCAAGCAAUCCACAAGCGCCCUGAACUUGAGCGUCACGUUCGAUCCAGCUGUAGUCGAGGAGACACAAAUAAAUCGAAUGAUCUCUCAGUUUGAUCACAUCCUCCACCAGCUGCAUCACAAAUACGAUGACCAAAUCGGCAACAUCCAGGCUAUCAGCCCGUCGGAUAUGAAGGAGCUGCGAGAAUGGAAUGGUCAACAAUGGAAUCCAAUUGACCAGUGUGCGCCCGAGCUCAUUUACCAGCGUAGCUUGAACCAACUAGAUGCACCGGCAAUCUGCGCAUGGGAUGGCGAUUUUACCUAUCGUGAACUGGAAACGUACGCGGAACACCUGGCAAAACGAUUAGCAUGUCUAGGUGUGAAACCCGAGAGCUUUGUAGCGCUGUGCUUUGAGAAGUCUCGCUGGGUCAAUGUCGCCAUUCUGGCGGUCAUGAAAGCAGGUGGAGCUUUUUCUCUGCUUGAUAGCUCCUUUCCCAUGGAUCGGCUUCGACAGAUAUGCGGCCAACUUCAGGCGUCGGUCAUCGUUUGCUCGACGGCCAAAACGUCUGUUGCGCGUAACCUGGGUAUUGGUGAGGUUGUCGCUGUUGGUUCCAACGAAACAGAAUGGAUGUCUACGUGUCAGAAGCAGCCGUUGAUUCCUCCGUCACCCGAUAACACGAUGUAUGUCGUGUUCACUUCCGGGUCAACGGGCAAUCCGAAAGGCGUUGUGAUGACAUACGGCAGUUGGUACAGUGGGGCGAAGGCCUACUGUCAGAAAAUACGUCUCAAUCAGCAUUCCCGCGUGCUACAGUUCUCCGGCUACGCCUUCGAUGCAAGUGUCUCUGACAGCGUCCUGCCUCUCAUAGUGGGUGGCUGUAUCUGUAUUCCGUCUGAAAGUGACCGAAUCUCCAACCUCCCGGGCACCAUUACUGCCCUCCGGGCUAACUGGGUCUUACUUACGCCAUCAAUAGCGCGUAUACUAAGCCCGGAGUCUGUGCCCUCUUUACAGACACUGGUCCUUGGAGGUGAAACAAUGACCUCCGGGGACAUUGAACAGUGGUCGCCUUAUCUGCAUCUCAUCCAGGUUUACGCCCCUGCCGAAUGCGCCGUGAUAAUGUGUGUACAGGAAAUGCGAAAAGGCACAACACCCACCAAUAUUGGCAAAUCCUUUGGAUCCACCGGCUGGAUCAUCGACCCAGACGAUUCGACACGCCUGUCCCCUGUUGGAGCUGUUGGUGAACUACUCGUCGAAGGUCCAGUCAUAGCGCGUGGGUAUCUGAAUGAGCCGCACAAAUCGGAGGCCUUUAUUGAAAACCCUCCCUGGCUACACACCUUUCGAAAUGCGCCUUGCAGAUUGUACAAGACUGGUGACCUGGUUCAAUAUACUGCUAGCGGUGAGUUCUCGAUCGUGGGCCGCAAGGACACUCAGAUCAAGCUGCGGGGACAAAGGGUGGAGAUAGCGGAGGUUGAACAUCACUUACGGUGCUGCUUCCCUCACGCCGAUCAAGUGGCCGUCGAACUUAUCUUAGCUCAAGCUAGUGGAGACCCAUUGCUGGCCGGCUUCAUCUGUGAAACGUCUGUAGAGAGUGAGAGUAUAUUCCAAGCGGACAACGAGGGUUUCCGUGCAGCCGUGGCCAUUGCGCUAUCGCAACUCGAAGCUGCUCUACCGACGUUUAUGGUCCCAGCCGUGCUCAUUCCGGUGAAUAGUCUCCCUAUAUCGGCCACGGGAAAGCUCAAUCGGCGGGAACUGCGUGCACGAGCCAGCGAGCUGGGAGCGGAACAGCUUGAUACAUUCAGGAUGGCGGAGAGGCGACCUUUUCGAGAGCCAACGACGCAAAUGCAGAGGAAGCUACAACGAGCCUUUGCUGAGGUCCUGUCGUUGCCUCAAAAUGAGGUCAGUAUUGAUGAUCACUUCUUCCGACGAGGGGGCGACUCCCUCUCGGCCAUGAGGCUGGUUGCCCUUGUCCGCGAAGCUGGGUGCACUCUCAGCGUUGGAGACGUUUUCACACGCCCGAGGAUUGUAGAUUUAGCAGAGAAUAUGGGAUUCCAGAAAAACACACCUGUUGACGAGCCUCUACCUUUUAGUCUGGGUCCAGACCCAGAGUUGCGGCAGCAUAUACUGACGGCGCUUCUGGAACAAUCUGACCUCAGCCACGACCAGAUUGAAGACCUUUAUCCAUGCACACCAAUGCAGGAAGGGUUAAUGGCAUUGAGUCUAAAAGACCCAGGCAAAUAUGUGGCACAAUUUGUUUACGAGUUUGUCCCGGGUACUGACGAGGCUCGUUUCCGGGCCGCAAUUGAUACAACAGUGGCUGCGAACCCUAUUCUCCGGACACGCCUCGCCCAGGGAUCCACAGGGAGCUUUCAAGUCGUGGUGCGGGAUUUACCCCGUUGGGAGGUCUACGGCAGCCAACAGGAAUACGAGAGAAACUAUCAGACACCGGUAAUGGGUCCAAACGCAUGUCUGAUGCAGCCGACACUGAUAAAACACCCCCCUCGGUUUGUUUUGACCAUCCAUCACGCGCUCUAUGAUGGAUGGACGCUCCCUCUGCUCUGGGAUCAGAUCGACGCCGCAUAUGGGGGGCAACAGCUCGUGCGCCAACCAUUCUCCUCAUUUAUAUCUUAUUUGCAACAGGUUGAAGACUCAACCGCUUUCUGGGCAGACGUGUUCAAUGGGCUGAACGUGGCCAUCUUUCCAAGUCUCCCAUCCCCUGCCUACAAUCCCCAGGCGAACUUGGCAGUUGGUCGCGAGAUUCCGCUGACCCCCCGUGCUAACAUGGACUUUACAUUGACAAUCGCGAUCCAGUUGGCCUGGGGUAUCAUUCUGUCUUACUACACGGACAGUGAUGAUCUUGUCUACGGACUUACCCUCAGUGGUCGCAGUGCACCCGUAUUUGGGAUUGAGCGGUUCACAGGACCGACCAUGACCACUGUGCCAUUCCGCAUGCAAUUGGACCCAAGCCAGUCCAUCCAACACCAUGUGACUUGGAUCCAGCAGAAACUGGCGGCGAUGAUGCUCCACGAGCAGACCGGCCUGAGGAAGAUACAAUCCGCCAGCGAUGAUGCUGCACGAGCGUGCCAGUUCCAGAAUCAACUCAUCAUCCAGCCGCCCGCAGGGUCCAAGAGGACCGGACCCGCCACCGAGGUGAAAUCGCAAGACGAAAACUACCGUGCAUUUGCCAGUUAUGGUAUCGUUGUGAUUUGCAACCUUCCUAAGGAUCAGGAUCGGCCCUUGGAAAUCACCGCUCUUUAUGACAAAACGAUGAUGGACCACUCCACGAUGAAGAGAAUGGUUGAACAAUUUGAGUGUGUCCUUCGCCAAAUUGUGUCGUCGCCCUCAGAUGUUGCCGUGCAAGAUGUUUCUCCACUUAGUCCGUCCGACUGGCAACAGCUGGCUGGCUGGAAUGCAAUGCUGCCGUCUACCAAGGAGCGUUGUUUGCAUAAGUUGGUUGGCGACUCCUGUGCUUCACAGCCGGAGAAGGUGGCUGUUUCCGCCUGGGACGGUAACUUUACAUUCGGGGAGGUAGCUUCCUGGUCUUCUCGGAUUGCUUCUUUUCUUGUGGCCCGGGGUUUGCGCGAAGCAUCCGUUGUACCCGUAUGUCUGGAACGGUCGAAAUGGUCGAUUGUCACCAUGCUUGCUGUGCUACGCACUGGGGCAACUGUGGUCUGUGUCGACUGCAAUUUGCCCCCGGCGAGGGUACGGGAUAUCGUGGACCAAGUCAAGCCACAGAUGAUAAUUGCGUCUACGGAUACAAUGAAGACGUUCGAGGGAUGUGCAGUCACCGUACUCACUGUCCCGUUUGAAGACUUACCUCCCGACCACCAAUCCAUUUCCGUGAAUGUGGAACCCGCCAGUUUGGCCUUUAUCUUGUUUACAUCCGGCUCAUCUGGCCGCCCAAAAGGCAUAAUGAUGGAACAUCGCCAGAUCUCCACCGGCAUUCGGGAUCACAGCGGACCACUUAACAUUACCUCGUCAAGUCGAGCGCUCCACUUUGCAUCCUAUGCCUUUGACCUUAUCUUGGCUGAGAUCUUCACCACGCUUGUGAUGGGGGGCACCGUCUGCGUGCCAUCUGAGGCUGACAGGAUGAAUGGCCUGGAACGGUUUAUCGCAGAAAAGCAAGUCAACUGGGCCAUCCUGACCCCUUCCAUGCUCGGCAUACUUGAUCCAGGCCGUGUUCCCAGUCUACAGACUGUUGUAUCGGCUGGUGAAGCAAUGAGUCGCAGCGUGGCCCAGCGUUGGGCUCCUUGCGUGAUGCUAAUCAACGGGUAUGGCCCCGCGGAAACGACCGUCGUCUGUGCUGCCGGGCAAGUCAUCCAGCAAUUCUCAGACCGGGCCGACGGCACGAUUGGGAGAGUCCACGGGGGAGCCGGCUGGGUGACGGUUCCCUCGGACCCGACACGGUUAGCCCCCCUGGGUGCGGUGGGCGAGUUGCUCAUCGAAGGCCCUGCUGUGACGAGAGGCUAUCUGAACAAUUCGGAGGCGACGACAGCCGCGUUCAUUGAUGCACCGGAAUGGCUGGUACGCUGGCGUCAGGGCAAGCCUUGUCGACUCUAUCGAACCGGUGACUUGGUUGCGCUAAACGACGAUGGAUCCAUCCGGUACAUUGGUCGCAGGGAUACACAGGUGAAAUUGCGAGGCCAGAGGAUCGAACUGGGGGAGAUCGAGCAUCAUGUAAAUCAGUAUACUGGCGGUGGCACCGGAGUUGUCGACGUGGCGAACGUGGCUGGCUCCUCCGUGCUGUUUGCUUGUAUUAUCCACGGUCAUAAAUUGCCCAGUCACCUCCUAGAAGGUUCAGGGGCUGCCUGGGAGCUCUUCGAGCUCCCCACAGAUGCCUUCCGAGAGACUGCCCGUACGCUACACCACCGGCUGUGCGAGUCACUUCCGUCAUAUAUGGUUCCAUCGCUACUUCUGCCUCUAAGGAGCGUACCCACAACAGCGAGUGGAAAGACCGAUCGUUGUCGCAUCCAGGAAGCGGUAGAAGCUCUGUCUCUCUCCGACAUGCAGGCGUAUGCUUCAACAGCACCUCCCGUCCGAAGACAGCCAACCAGCCCAGAAGAAGCGGCAAUCCAGCAAGUGUGGGCAAGCGUACUAAACACCGCACUUGAGGCAGUCGGUGUGGACGACAGCUUCCUCUCGGUGGGUGGGGACUCGAUAAGCGCGAUGCAGCUCGUCAUGCAACUGAACAGUAUCGGCAUCCGCACGACGGUGCAGGCCAUCUUCCAACAGAAGACCAUUGCGAGACUAGCCACCACCGUUGUCGACACACCCAAAGCAGUCACGAGCGAGCGGACGGUCUACACGCCCUUUAGUCUGUCGCCCACGCGAUAUUAUUCCGAGUUGGACACCCUCCUGCAGUCUGCUCUGCCGCAGAGCGGGCUAUCCAGCACUGACGUCGAGGACUUGUAUCCACUCUCGCCAAUUCAGCAGGGAAUGUUGAUCAGUCAAUCUCGUGCGAAUGAUGUGUAUAACAAUCGCUUUUUUCUCAUGGUCACCGCGAACGGUGAUUCCCACACCGUCGCAGCUGAUAGGCUUGUUGCCGCCUGGCAUCAGGUCGUCACACGCCAUCCAAUGCUGCGAUCAUGCAUCGUACCGAACAACUUAUCGAGUGGGGCUGACCUGCAGCUCGUGCACCGCACCAUCCCGAGAACGAUGAUUACCACCAUCCUGCCUCCUCGUCCUGACCCGAUGGCAGCACUCCAACACACGCGCCAUACCACUGCCGCGCACGAUGGGCAACCGCCCCACCACCUGACGCUGUGUCCGUCGUCCCAAAAAGGCGAAAUUGGGCUCCUGCUCGAGAUUAGCCAUCUACUGACGGAUGGGGCAUCAUUCGGAAUCCUCCUCCGUGAUCUGAUCGAUGCUUAUGACGGGCGGUUACCCAUCGGUGCGCUUGCAUCGUAUUCCACAUAUGUCGCCUACUGGCAGUCAUUGAGCAUGACAGUCAAUCAAACCUACUGGACAGAUUACCUGCACGAUAUUCCCACCUGUCUCAUGCCAGCAUCCAAGGUCAUAUCUCCGCCAGUGUCGGGGGGACGCUCCCUUCGCAGCAUCAAAGUCGAUCUCGGAAGCACAAGCGAUCUCCGCCGGCUGUCGACCAAUCAUGAUGUGACGCUAGCUACAUUAAUACAUGUAGCCUGGGGUCUCGUCUUGCGAUCAUACACGGGGUCCGAUGAGAUAUGCUUUGGCUAUGCUAACUCGGGGCGCGACGUGGCGGAUGUACCCGGCAUUGUCGACGCCGUGGGCCCCUUCGUCACUAUUCUCGUCUGUCGAAUGCGACUGACUCCCGGUAACAAUAUCCAUGCACUGGCGCGUUUGGUGCAGGAGGAUUUGAUCCGGAAUGCCCACCACCAGCAUGUUGCGCUAGGUGACAUUUAUCGUGACGUCGGCCGUUCGAAUAUGCCUCUCUUUAACACCGUGUUAUCUUUCACCAAUCAAAAACCGGUGAGGCAAGACGGCUCUAUCCUGUUAAAGAUGGUGAGUGAAGAUGGUGCGAACGAGUAUGACCUCAACGCGGGUGUGGUGGUCGGUGAGCAUCAGAUCUCUAUCACCCUGGACUACUGGUCUUCUUUUUUGUCCGACCAACAGGCGACCAUGAUAAUGGAUACUUUCGAGCACACCAUCCACCAACUCGAGGCCGACAUUCCCGAGCGGACCAUUGGUCAGAUGGGAAUGCUCGGCCCGGCCGGAAGAAGGUUUAUAGAGGCCUCGAACCGCCAUCUGCCACCACCAGGAGUCAACUGCCGCGUGCAUGACCUGGUCUCACAACGCUGCCGGGCGCAGCCGGAUGCUCUCGCAGUCUGCUCUCACGAUGGAAAACUCACCUACGAGGCCCUCGAAACCCUGGCAUUGGAUCUAGCGCAGCACCUCGCGCGUGAUUACGGUAUUGGCCCUACGAUGUUUGUCCCCAUCUGCUGUGAGAAAUCACACUGGGUUGUGAUAUCCAUACUCGCAAUCCUAAAAACAGGGGCAGCCUUUGUUCUCAUGGACCCCACACAUCCGCGCGAGCGGCUUGAAGAUAUCUGCCGGCAGGUUAAGGCCCCCUUGGUCAUGGUAUCGAAGGCUCAGAUGGUGAAGGCGGAGACACUCGCCCCGCGGAGCCUAGUUAUCGGAGGACCCGAUGCCGCGUGGUCUACGGCAGAAGUGACACCUAUCAUGAAGACAGUCUCACCAGAAGACCCUGCCUAUGUAAUAUUCACGUCUGGCUCAACGGGCCGAGCCAAGGGAGUUGUGAUAUCACAUUCAAAUAUGUGUACAAAUGCAACGACCAACGGAUCCCACAUUGGAAUCAAACCCUUCUCCCGGGUUCUGCAGUUCUCGUCAUACGCCUUUGACGCCAGUGUCCUGGAGCUGUUGUUUACCCUGCUUGCUGGGGGAUGUAUCUGUAUCCCCUCCGACGCGGAGCGCGUGGGCGAUCUUGAGGGGGCCAUCAACCGGCUCGAAGCGAAUUGGGCAUGUUUAACACCUUCUGUGGCGCGAGUGAUAGAGCCGACAAAGGUCCCCAGUAUUCGUACCCUCCUAUUGGUGGGAGAAUCUGUGGCACCGGGGGAUGUCACCAAAUGGAAACCGUUUGUGGAGCUGCAUGUCGGUUAUGGCCCUGCAGAAUGUGCCAUUAUAAGCACCGCGCGUCCCCGCUUACAGGACGUUAAUGACGUGACCAAUAUCGGGCACGCAUUUGGCAGUGCGGCCUGGAUUACCGAUGCCGCGGACCCUUCGGUACUGGCGCCGGUGGGUGCCGUCGGUGAGCUCAUCAUCGAGGGCCCGAUUGUAAGCACAACGGGCUAUUUGGAUACCAGCGAUACUUCAGCGCAAGAUGCCUUCAUACCCCCUCCCGCCUGGUUAGGUCAGGUAUGUGCCCAGGACGGACGGGAGCCCGGGUGCCUCUAUCGCACGGGAGAUCUCGUCCAGUAUGAGCCGGCAGACGGGUCCAUGAGAUACAUUGGCCGCCGGGAUACACAGGUAAAGUUGCGCGGGCAGCGAAUCGAACUGGCGGAGAUCGAAUUCCAUCUACGUCGCGGCUUCCCGUCAGCCAACAUCGAUGUAGUCGCCGACGUUUUGAGCAUUAGACAGAGACCCUCUAUGCUUGUGGCCUUCGUUUCGGAACCUCAGAAGAUUUCCGGCUUGACAAUAGAGGAAGACGGCCUCAUCGGCGUGUGCGAUGCUUCCUUCCAAAGGGCGAUCACCGCGGCUGUGAGGCACCUAGACCAGGUUUUGCCAGUGUUCAUGGUUCCCAGUACCUUCAUUCCUGUUCGACGUAUCCCACUGAGCCAUACUGGCAAGGUCGAUCGUCGUUCUCUUCGCGCAGUAGCCGAAGGUCUUUCGGAGAAUUUCUUGAAUGGAUGUAUGGCCAUCUCGGAGGAGUCCACCACUGAAGAUCUGCCGAUUACUCCGGCUGAACACGCGUUCCAACUCUUGUUCGCCGAUGUCUUCAACCUGGAGAACGUGAAAUCCAUUCGCAGGGAUGAUCACUUUUUUCGUCUUGGCGGCGACUCGAUCCUUGCAAUGGCGUUGAUUCCCAAAGCCCGAGAGGCAGGAUAUGUCAUCACUAUGGCUGAUUGUUUCCAACAUCCCAGGCUGCGCGACCUGGCUCAAGCGGCACGAUUGACACACAAAGGUCCUACGCACGAUGCGGUCAGGCCUUUUGCGCUCAUUCCCAACGCUGGAUCCAGCGACUUGGCCCGUUUUGCAGCGACCUGCUGCGGUGUCCCCAUUGCCGAUGUCCAGGAUAUAUACCCCUGUACCCCAAUGCAAGAGGGGCUGAUGGCUCUUUCCACCAAGUCGACUAGAACAGUAAACCCCUACGUCGUGACCUUUCGGUACAACCUCGACUCUCACGUUGAUCUCGACCGCUUCCAGGCUGCCUGGGGAGCGACUGCAGCAGCAAACCCGAUCCUUCGCACGCGCAUGAUCCAAUCAGAUCACCCUCCUGGCACGUGGCAAGUGGUCAUAGCUAAGUCUCCCCAGUUUCGCCAUUUCAACAGCCGGGUGGAACAUAGUCGGUACCUCGAAGCACAGCCCUGGGGUCUUGGAGAGCGCCUAGUGGAACUUGCUCUAGUCAAUUCCGGACCGAACGGUGCAGUGCAAUUUCACCUCACGAUACAUCACGCUGUAUACGAUGGGUGGUCGAUCCCUGCUCUGUGGCGUCAGGUCAUCCAAAGCUAUCAUGAACCCUCUACGCCUCUACUUCCGCGAUCGCUGAGUCCUUUUAUUCAAUACGUGCAACGGCAAUUGGAAGAAGCGGCUGCACACUGGCGCGCUGAAUUUUCGCACCUCCAUGCGCCCGUUUGGCCGACCCUACCCUUGACACAACGGGGACGCGCAGCACCCACGUACUGCUCGAUACGCCGAACAUUGGCAAAUUCUAUUUCCGGCACGGGGUUGGAAUUUACCACAACCAGCGUGGUCCACCUCGCAUGGGCACUGCUGAUGAGCUGCUACACUGACUCGGACGAUGUUGUGUUCGGUGCCAUACUCAAUGGCCGCAGGGCACCUGUGGUCGGAAUUGAAGAUAUGACUGGGCCAGCGAUUACAACACUCCCCUUGCGAGUUCGUCUUGGUCUUAAUACUGAUACAGUCGCGGAAUCCCUGUCUACUAUCCAGGCGCAAGCAGUGACACGCAUUCCCUUUGAACAAUUCGGUCUGCAGAAUAUACGACAUCUAAGUAGCGAGGCUGAUCAGGCAUGCCAGUUCCAGUGUCACCUGGGUAUACAGACUUCCCACCUGACAUCAGACGUACAAGAGGGGUCCAACUUGUUUGAGCUCAUUGAUUCUGACUAUGACAAUCUUGUCGCGUUCUCCGAAUAUGCAUUGAUGGUUAUCUGCCAUUUGGACGCCGCUGACAAGUCCACUGUUACCGUGGAAAUCAACUAUAACGAGCUGGUCGUUUCGCCCGUCAUGGCAGGAACAAUCCUUGGGCAGUUUUCUCACCUGCUGCAGCAACUUCCCCGAAAUCUGCAAACUCCAUUAUCCCAGCUUGAUCUGGUUAGCGAUGAAGAUCGGCGUCAGCUGCAUGAAUGGAACCAUAGUGUACCGCCCUCGCAUGAUGUCUGUCUUCAUGAUUUUGUCCUCCGGCAUACGGUCACAACGCCGAACGCAACGGCUGUGUCUGCUUGGGAUGGCGACCUUACCUAUGCACAGUUAGAUGUUCUUUCUCAAGAUAUGGCCAGUCAGCUACGAUAUCUUGGAGUGCGAUCGGGCUCACUAGUACCAUUGUGCAUGCAGAAAUCCAAAUGGGCAGUAAUCACGAUGCUAUCCGUUCUCAGAGCCGGGGGGGCGUGUGUCCUGCUAGACGCCGGCCAUCCGGUUGAAUAUAUUAAAAGUAUCAUUGGACGAGUGCAGGCAAAUCUCGUCCUAACUUCUCCAGCUACCAGGCACCUUAUACAAGUCAAAAGCGAUAUCCGGGUCGAAACUGUCCCACUUCAAAGUCCCGAAUCGGCAGCAGCCGACAGCUCAUGGCUACCCCCUUCAUGCAACGAUACCGCAUUUGUUAUCUUCACCUCGGGGAGCACCGGUCAGCCUAAGGGGAUUCUCAUGGAACACUCCCACCUCUGCACUAGCAUUCGGGCCCACACGCCGGGCAUGGAGAUUACUUCAUCCAGCCGCACUCUGCACUUUGCCUCGUACGCUUUUGACGCCAGCAUUUAUGAGCUAUUUACUACCCUUUGCAACGGCGGCUGCGUCUGCAUCCCCUCGGACACAGACCGUUUGAGCAAUCUAGCUAGCUAUAUCCGGGCAGCGAAUGUAACGUAUGCUAUCAUGGCUCCGUCGCUAGUCAAUCGUUUACUGCGACCAGACGAGGUUCCUAAUUUGGAAGUCGUGUCUCUCGGUGGGGAAGCUGUCACGCAGGACAUCGUCGACACCUGGACAGGUCGUUUCACCGUGGUCAACGGAUAUGGGCCGGCAGAGGCCACCAUCUGCGCAGUCAGCCGCAUCGAUCCCGCGAACUGGCCCGUAGGGAAGAUUGGGCCGGUCACCGGCGGUGUGGGCUGGAUCACAACCCCAUCGGAUGUUUCACGUCUCGCCCCUAUCGGUGCUGUAGGAGAAUUGCUUAUCGAGGGUCCCAUCGUCACCCGCGGGUACCUCAAUGACCCCGAGCGGACCGCUGCAGCCUAUAUCCCGGCUCCUGACUGGCUGGCCGAUAUUCGCGGACUCGGGCCUGGGGAUCACAACAAGAUUCGCCUCUAUCGCACGGGCGAUCUCAUGCAAUAUACGAACGAUGGAGGCAUCAAGUUCGUAGGCCGCAAAGACACACAGAUCAAACUGCGAGGGCAGCGUGUGGAACUAGCGCAGGUUGAGCACAAUGUGCGGAUGUACUUCUCAGACGCAUCUGAAGUUGUGGCGGAAACUGUCCUUCGCGAUGGAGUCCCCGUCUUGAUCGCCUUUAUUGCUAAGCACCUCCAUGAAUGCGACAUGCCGCACACUGAUACCUUAAUCUCUACCCCCAGCGCUAUGUUUCGAGAACAGGCUCAAAAUGCAACUGCUCGCCUCAAAGAAACCUUGCCGGUAUAUAUGGUGCCGUCGGUCUUCCUUGAGCUGGCGCGGGUGCCGCGGACUGCCAGUGACAAAUUGGACCGUCGGAGACUUCGUGAUUAUGUUGCCAGGCUGUCGCUAGAUCAGUUCCGAGCGUUCUCGUUGAAUCCCUCUGAAAAAGGUCCCAGCCGGGAAAUGACGCAUCGGGAACACCUCUUCCAGGAACUGUGGGCCGAGGUUCUCUCUGUCCCUUUGGAUAAUAUUGGCCCUGAUGACGACUUCUUCAACAUGGGCGGAGACUCAAUCCGAGCCAUGAGACUCACCAGUCUUCUGCGGCCUAGGGGCCUUGCCUUGACUGUUCCUGAUAUAUUUUCAUGGCCCACACUUUCUCAGCAGGCUCGUGAGGCGAAGGAAUUUUCAAACCAUGGCGGCGAUGCUCUAUAUCGACCGGGUUCCUUAGUCGGCAUUGACUCGGAGGAACUGGAAACCUUUGCUGCUGCUCAAUUGGCGCCCUUCUUGGGCUCACCUGCCACCGUCCGACCUUCUGACGUCGAGGAUAUGUUCCCCGUGACUGAGUUCCAACGCCGGUUCCUUGAGCCAGUCGAAGUCCAAUACAUGCAGUUGACUCUACCACCUGACCUAGACAAGGAUCGUCUAGUAGGCGCCUGCCGAGCGAUGUUGGACCGCCAUCCCAUUCUGCACUCCGCCUUCGUCCCCGAUCAGCAAGGGGACGGCUACCUCCAGGCUCUGUUACGCCGACCUGAACAUGAUUUCACGCUGUACACCAUCAAUACUGAUGGUACGCAAGAUUUUGAGGCCUUUAUUCACCGCUUUUGCUUGGAGGACGCUGCCAAGGGAGUUCCCUGGGGGGCUCCAGUCUUCCGCGCUGUUCUUGUCUCACGGUCCGUGGGCGUGUCUUCUUGUGACCCCGCUGCUGCUCUCCUUCUCCGCAUAUCCCAUGCCCAAUACGAUGGGCAGUCCUAUCAUUUCAUUUUGCGGGACUUGGCCUCUGCAUAUGAUGGCGAUGCGGCAUCUGAUCAGGUACUGUCUCCUCCAUCUUUCCCGGCCUACCUUCAGUAUCGCCAGGCGCAGGCAAGCACAAGAACCUUUCGGUUUUGGACAGAGUAUCUGCAGGACGCGGAAAUGACUCCCCUGGACCUACCAAUUCCCACCAAGACAACUUCUAUGGAAACCUGCCAGAGUUGUGAUGGUUCUGGUGUGGCAAUUUACAAUAAAACCAUCCCGAUGCCGACCACACCCAAUGGAAUCACCAUUUCGUCACUUAUCAAGGCGGCCUGGGCUAUUGUCCUGUCCCAGGUCACCGGGAGAUCCGACAUCGUCUUCGGCCACGUCCUGAACGGCCGCGACGUGCCUCUUGAAGGCGCCCACGCCAUCUCCGGCCCCUGCGUGACGGUGUCGCCUAUCCGGAUCAAGGUUCCUCAGGGGUCUUCUAGUCACGUUUCAAACUUCCUGAAGCACGCCCAACAUCAAUACAUGCACGCCAUGCCCUACGCAAACAUCGACUUUGAGCUCAUCCGGCAACACGCGACCUCAUGGGCGGCAAACACAUCCUUCAACAGCCUGGUGACGCACCAGAAUGACGGCGAUAUCAGAACCGAUAUCGACUUUGCGGGGCAUCAAUGCCCCUUUCGCAUUCGGUUAGUUGGUGGGACGCCAGUUUGUCAUGUUGUUACCAUGCCCCUGGCCCAUCCGAUGCUGAAGGGCGAAGAAAAUCAAGGUCAAGGCCAGGUUCAAGGACAAGCACAGUUAGGCGUGCGGUUGGUUAUUUCCAAGGGCAGGAUCACAUCUGCGGCCAUGGAAGGGUUGCUUGAGAGGUUAUGUAGCGUUGUCGGAGAUUUGGGUUGUGGGGUAUUUCCGGAUUUGGAGCGGGUUGGAUCAUGUUUAGGUUGAUGACUUUGAUUUAGUCUUCACCUCGAAUUCUGUUUCUGUAUUUUAUUUAGCGAUUCUAGGCUGUUGGCUUUUCUUGUAGAUGUAGCCGACUAAAUAUCAUUGACUAUCUAUGUAUCUA